AGUUAUACGUCUAAUGCUCAAUGCUGGAAGUUAUACGUCUAACUUGCAGUUUUUUGUAGAGAUGUGUGGUAAUGGGCUUGAUACGUUUGUCGAAUAAUAAUGAAACUGAUUAGCAAAUGGUAUUGAAUGAUAGGAUACUUAUAAAUAUAAACUGAAUCACAAUGCUCCAAAUUUAAUUGAUGCAAUAAAUCGACAGUCUGGGUCCGUCAGAAACUAAAGUUCUACAGUGAACAUGGUGAUAAACAGUUUCAAAGACUGCACAAUGACUUGGCUUCUGGGAGUUCUUGUCUGUUUUCUCUCUCCAAGUAUGAGUCUGUGUCGGGUGGUGAGACCAUCCGGAAACUGUGUGAAUGAUGUCUGUCAUUUUGAAUUUAACGUCAACUAUAAAUUCACCAUGAUGCAAUAUAACUAUUCCGAUAUCAGAAACCCUGAAUAUAAACCAGUGGUUAUGAAAGACAACAUUCUUCAGCGACGUGCACCGAAUUUAGUGAGUUGUGAUGAUGAAUUCACUCCUAUUUCCAAAGAAGAGUUCAGGGACACUGUGAGCCCAGGAGACGGAGAUUACAAGUUAGUGUACGCUAUUAACGGGCAGAUUCCUGGACCUGAUAUAGUCGUGUAUGAGGACCAAGUAAUUUCCGUAACUGUCCGUAAUCAGCUGAGGACUGAGGCACUAUCUAUACAUUGGCAUGGGAUGAUUCAGCGGGGGACUCCAUGGAUGGAUGGGACGGCUAUGAUUUCCCAAUGUCCAAUUUUACCUGGGCAAACAUUUCAAUAUAGAUUCCUUGCCUCGCCAUCAGGGACCACUUGGUAUCAUGGACAUACCGGCACUCUACGUUCUGAUGGGAUAGCGGGGGCUUUAAUCGUUCUACCGAGGAUUAGACCACCAAUUCAUUUCCAGUCCGAGGCGAUACCAGAUGUCCACGCUGAGUUUAUAGCCAUCGUCACUAAUUGGUUUAACGUCGGAACGUUAGAGAAAUUUGUUGCUGACGUCUCAAGCUUUGGUAUCUUGGAAGAGUACGACGGCAAAUGUGAACCACUUUUACAGCAUCCUGAUGGAUCAUUUGUGAUUUAUCAUUUGAAUACCGGUCUUGUCAAUGGAAGAGGAAGAAAGUAUAUACUGAACGACGUCAACGCCUCAGAGAAACCUUGGAUACCACUGGAAAAAUUUGUAGUCGUCCAGAAUAGAUACUAUCGAUUUAGAGUUAUCAAUUCAGCAUUCACCGAUCCUUUGGAAAUUUCUAUUGAUGGCCACAUGCUCAUCAUUGUUGCAUUUGAUGGACAAGACGUUGAACCUUUCAAAGCUGACAGUGUGGCUAUUCAACCUGCAGAGAGAGUAGAUUUCAUCAUUUUUACCGGACGACCAAUAGACAACUAUUACAUCAACUUCUUUUCAACUGCAACAAAAAAAGCUACAGGGGAACCCAUAAUUCAUCCUGAUCGUACACACGCUGUCUUGAAUUAUUAUGGAGAGGAUGAUGAGCGUGAACCAAGAAUCAUGCCUCGACAAUGCCGACCGAGUUCUCCUUGUGUGGCUGUAAAUCAUGUGUAUGGGCUCUCGCCAGCUGGUACUAACACCGUCAAUGUGCCUCUGACACACCUAAAGGCUACACAGUGGACGCUGAAACAAAAUCCUGUUCCUAUCGUGACACCAGGAGUUACUAAGCAAUUGUUCUUUCUUAAUAUUGCCGUUCAAAUUCCGAGAGGUUCACAAAUCAAUGGCCGUCGAUUUGUCACACCAACUUCACCCCUUCAGACAUAUCCUGGAAUGGAUGCAAUAACCCCCUGUGGAACAUGUACUAGCAAUGAGUGUGACUGUACCCAUAUCCUCAAAUUUGAUCUGGGAAAUAUCAUUGAAAUAGUUAUUUCAGCGAUAAGUGUUAUAGGAAUAUCUCAUCCUAUACACAUCCACGGACAUCAUUUUCACGUACUUAAGAUGGCGUAUCCACCUUACGAUCCCGUAACUGGAAAUGCUACUGGACCAAAUCCGGAUAUUAGGUGUUUAAAUGAACGCUGUACAGAAGCAACUUGGGCAGAUCCUUCAUGGAAUGCUGGGUACAUACCGGGAGUAAAUUUGGAGAAUCCUCCACUGAAAGACACCAUUUCAGUACCUGUGAACGGUUACGUCAUAAUCAGACUAAGAGCAGAUAAUCCUGGAUUCUGGUUUCUUCAUUGUCAUUUUCUUCAACAUCAUUUGAAAGGAAUGUCUCUGGUCAUACAGGAGGGCGAGGUACAGGAUAUGGCUCCAGUACCUCCUAACUUUCCCACUUGUAGCGAUUUUCAGUUUAACGCUGUUCAAUGGCAAAGAAGAGUUAGAAGCCAAAGGACUCGGCUUGCGUCAAAAGGUAUAAUACCGAAUUUCAAAUCAGGACUGACACUCCAUAGUGAAUUACAGAAUGAGGAUCGGUGCCGUCUCAAUCCAUGGAUGUGUAAAACCCAAGUGUAUUAAUGAAAAUUAGCAUGAUGUUACAGCUUGUAUUUUGCGCUGAAUUCUGCAAUAAAUUGUUGUAGAAAGAAA